GUAGUACUGGUUUCUAUGGAAUAUUAUAAGAACUGAUGACAAAUACAAGGCAGUAAAAGCUCAUUUUAUGUAUUUAUUUUAAGAAAAUAUUGAUCCUGGACUGAUACUGUGCUAAACACUAUUAGUAGGUGACAUUAUUUUAGCUGGUUGGCGCCAUGUGAGUGGGUUCAUAUCCAAUGAAGAAGCGCUUCGCACAGGGAAGUGAUUUGUCCGGGUUUGCUUAUAACGUUAACGUUACAGUUUCCGGUUCUUGGCUCCAGUGAGUAUUGUGAUCACUUUUCGAGUUUUUGGAACAGAUACUAUUGAUUGAGUUGUUUUGUACAGCAUUCUCCACGUCAUCCUAGCUGUUGUUUGUGACGUCGCUGUGGCCAGAGCUGGUGAGAUGGAUGAGGGAGUUUUGACUAAAGCCUCUCAAGAGGGGGGCGCUGUUGAGCACACAGAGAAGGCUGCCGCCCCCCCACACACACCCGAGGAGGUCCCGUUGGAGGCCCCCCCCACACACACACACACACCCGAGGAAGGCCCGGUGGAGGCCCCGCCCACACACACACACACACCCAAGGAGGUCCCGUUGGAGGCCUCAGGAGCAGCAGGAGACAUGGGGAGUCCAGAGGUGCCGCAGAGUGGUGCUGGGGGACCGGUGGCCAAGAGCCCCCCCCUGGGGCAGGAGAGUGGUGCUGGGGGGCAGGAGAGUGGUGCUGGGGGGCCGGUGGUGGUCAAGCCCCCCCCUCUGGGGCAGCAUGGCCCAGAUGAGCCCCCCGGGGAUUGGCUAGAGCCACUGGAAGAGGACGACUUGGAGGACGAGGAGGACGAGACGCAGAGCUGGGGGCAGACAGGCUCCCGAGAGGGCAGUGUGAGCGGCGUGGAGCGCAGCACGAGCGGACGUGGACGCGGGGGCGGGAGGAGGUACAGGCCCAGAGUGCUUGUAGAGGAGGACUGGGACGACUGCCCCUCUCUUGGUGAAGGCUGGAAGCGAAAGGAAGUGUUUCGACGAUCAGGUUGCUACAUGGGCAAGAGUGACACCUACUACAUGAGUCCGACUGGCGUGCGGGUACGGAGCAAGGUGGAGCUGGCCAAGUGCCUGGCCAGGUCAGUGGAUCUGAACACGUUCGACUUCAAGUCUGGACAGUUCCUGAGUGGGCAGGCGCGGAAGAGAGGCAGACGGGCCAAGCGUUCUCCGUCUCAAGAUGCCGGCGUGUCUGACGACUCUAGUCACCCGGCGGACGACUCGCGCUCGCGCUCCCCUGACUCUCUGCACAGAGUGCCCCCUGUAGGCCGGCCGCGGGCACUGCAGCAGCACAAGGCCCCCCCGCGCCCUGACCCCUCCCUCGCCCCCCUCAGCCCCCCCUCCAGCCCGGAGCCCCCCCACACCGACGACACCGACACCCCCGACGGCAGCACCAACGGAGCCUCCACAGCCACACACACCACCUGUAGGAAAUGUGGGAGGGGCUUUGGCGCUGCCUCUGAAGGUCAGACACUUUGCCCAAGGUGCAAAGUGGCAGGGAAGGCCCAGCGGAAUAUUGUCUUCAGGAAGUGGAUACCGUGUGGCCAGUGUCAGGCUUGUCAGACGACCACUGACUGCGGUGCCUGUGCCAGCUGCAGGACUGCCCAGGCCAACCCCGACAAACCUGCCCGCUGCCGCAAACGCAAGUGCCUCUGCCCCAUCCGCAAGACGCCCUUUAGGCAUGAAGCAGCACGGGCAUCACUGGCUUUCACGGCUGGUGUGUUUCCAGACGAGCAGCAAAUGGCUGUGGGCCGUGGGAAACGUCCGUUGCAGGACAGUGAUGACUCGGACGAGUACCUGCCUCAACAGGACAAUGAUGAUGACGAGGAGGGGGAGGAUGAUGAGUAUGAGGAUGAAGAUGGUGAGCUGAUGAAGCGUAAGCGACGCACCUGUGGGAAGUGUGAGGGCUGCGUUGUGAUGCGCGACUGCGGCACCUGUGACUUCUGCGUGGACAAGCCCAAGUUCGGCGGCAGCAACAAGAAGCGGCAGAAGUGCCGCCUGCGCCAGUGCACUCGACAGGCCAUGAGACACUUGUUGCCCUUGCAGCUGGGGGAGGAGCUCCACAGCAGCAGGGCGGGGCAUAGCAAGAGGAGGCGGGGCCAUGGCUCCAGCAGGGAGGCAUCAUGGGAGUUUGAGUUUUCCGACAACGAGAACGAGGAACGGCGCUCUCGAGCGCCCAGGGAGACCAUGGCGUACAAAACUUAUUCCAGGCAAAAUCCAGGGCGGGGAACAGAGGAGACGAGGAGUCCACUGGUGUCGCACACACCCAUCGUGAGUACACACCAGACGCCUCGCCCCAGCGUCGGCAGUGGCAGACAGAACUCGUCCAACCAGCUGCCUCAGAUCGCCCGUGCUCCGCACGCAAGGGCAGAUGGCAAAAAGGGGACGGAGUCAGUGUCAGACAUCAGAGAGAGGCGGGGCUGGAGUGCCAGAGACACCGCGCUGUCCAAUCAGGAUGGAGUGGGGCGUGUCGGAGAUACGGUGCUGACCAAU